AUGGCGGCACAGAAAGUGAAGAAGGCGUCUUCCAAGGCAACUGUGGAGAAGUCGAAGGCCAAAACUGUCGCUCCUCCACCAGAGUUAGUUGCGUCGGUUGCCGCUUUCUUAUCUCAAUUUGGCUUCAAAAGUACAAGCGAGGCUCUUUCCAAGGAGCAGUCUAAAAAGGCAAUUGCCAAGGUCGACUCGAAGGAAGUCCCUUCACUGCUGGACAUCUUCCGGAGCUGGCAGGACCGGAAGAGUGAGAGCAGCUCUGACAGCGAAAGCAGCUCGAGCAGCAGUGAGGAUGAGUCUAGUGACUCUGAUGUAGAGAUGAAUGAUGCGCCGAAAAUGCAAAAGAAACAGUCUAGAGAAUCCUCUCCUUCCUCGUCUUCCUCAUCCUCUUCCUCUUCCAGUUCCAGCUCUGACAGCGAUGCCGAUGAUGAAGAGGAUGACGAUGCCGCCCCCGCGCCUGCUCCAGCGCCGAAGACCACCGGCACCAAGCGCAAGGCUGAAUCCAGCUCAUCUGAAUCGUCUUCGGAAUCAGAAUCCGAGGACGAAGCACCGAAGGCCAAAAAGGCUAAGCUCUCGACGAAGUCCGAUUCAUCCUCAUCUUCCGAGUCGUCGGAUUCUGAGGACGAGGAAUCCGACUCCUCCGACAGUGAGAGCAGUGCUUCAUCCUCCGAUUCCGACUCUGAUUCCGGCUCCGACUCCGACUCCUCUGACAGUGAGAGCGUUUCAUCGUCUGAUUCCAGCUCAGACUCCGAUUCCGACUCCGAAUCCGAGAAGGAACCCGCCAAGAAGGCUGCUAAGAAGAUCCUGAAGACUGCUGCCAAGACACCCUUGCCUGAAUCAAGCUCCAGCUCGUCCAGCGACUCUGAUUCAUCCUCCUCCGACGAGUCCUCCGAUGAGUCUUCGUCAGAUGAGGAUCAGAAUACCAAUAGCCGCAGCUCCUCGUCUUCUCAGAACUCAUCCGGCAGCAGCAAAACUGUUCAGCCCUCCGAUUCCGAUGCGAAGGAGCCCAUAAACAAGACUACAAAGAAGGCUCAAGAGACCAGUUCGUCCAGCGCCAGUCCGGCUCCCGGAAAUGGCCCAGCGACGAAGAAGAAGCACACUGGAGCUCGUCCCACACCCCUGGCGCAACUUAGUGAGUUGCCACACAACCACCCCUCGAACGCAUACGUCCCAUAUGCCUACGCCGAGAAGGCUUGGAAGGAUCUGUCUGUCACUCGUGGCAAGGGCUUCACAAAAGAAAAGAACAAGAAGAAGCGUGGCUCCUACCGCGGUGGCCCCAUUGACAUCUCCGGAGGGAAGUCUUUCAAGUUCGAGGACUAA